UCCUGACCAUAUAUAUGGACACCCGUGUCCUUCAACAGACUCUGCCAGUCUCGCCGUAGCAGCAGUUCUGGAGGAAGCGGAGGAGCGAGUGUUUCGGUGGCGGCACGCGCUGCUGCAGGGCAUGGAGUACCACAGUUCGGGGACGCUGCCUCUGCUGGGCAGCCCACGCUACUGCCCCGGCACCAACAGCGCCAGCGGAUACCUGUGCCAGACCGGACACUGCUGUCAGGAGACCGGGUGCUGCACAUACUACUACGAGCUGUGGUGGUUUUGGCUGCUGUGGAGUAUGCUAAUCCUCUUUAGCUGCUGCUGCGCGUAUCGCCACCGUCAGGCCAAGCAGCGUGUCCAGCAACAGCAGAGGCAGAGAGAGAUCAACCUGAUGGCGUAUCACGGAGCCUGCAGCUACCCAUCCUCCAUGUUUGACCUCAGUUUCCUCGCAUCACUCAAACUGCCAUCCUAUGAGGAAGUAGCAGCGCAGCCCAGCACCCCGCCCCCUCCCUACAGCUCUGUGGCCUACCCACGAGGCUCCGCCCACCCUGGCCCGAGUCACAUGAUGUCAUCGCAGAGCUCCGACAACUACACCAGCUGCUCCUGUGACUCCUGCUGUCCGUCAUCGCCCUGUAGCUCCUCCCCUUCUUCCGCCCAGCUCACCGACGAGACUGACACAAGCCACGCCUCCACACCCUCACUCAACGAGCCUGGCCACACCCACUCAGCAGUUAUGCACAUCGAGAACAUUCCAGCGCUCAACGACCAAUCGCCGGAGGAGGCGGAGCUUCCAGGCCCCGCCCCUCCAGGUUCCAAAGUGGUGCAGAAAAUCAAAAGUAGCAGCAGCAGCACAGAUAACGUUAAUAAUAAUAACGAGAUAUUAGAAACAUCCCAAGCGAUUAGUACUAAUAACAUUGACAGUCCGACGACAAAGAAUAUCACCAGCCUUAGCAUUUCCACUUCAUCUUCGCAUCUCUUUUCCAUCUCUGAUCCGAUUGGUGCUCAACCCGAGCAGAAGAGGGAGGAGCCUGUAGCUCCGCCCCCUCAGUCUCCACCCAGAAACGCUCUGUUUUCUCCUGGUGUUGAACCGGAGCGCCGUGAUUCUGCUGUUAGCGAUCUAGAUGUGGACCAAACACACUUUCAGCAGCGACGGCUGACCGGAGACUCUGGUAUUGAGGUUUGCCGUUGCCGUGUUGAACGUGAGGAAGAUGAAGAUGAGGAGGAUGAAGAAGGAAAUUUACCUGCAGAGUCCGCCAUUGGGACGGGGGACGCUCUUCAUGAUAGUCCGGAUUGUUCUGCUAGAGCCAGACAGCUGCCGGUGGAUGCAGGUGGGAAAGAGGCGUGGCCUGCCUCUCCUGUGACUCCGCCCACUGAUGCUGUCGUCAUCGCCAUGGAAACCGACUGAUCAGAGACUGACGAUUAAAGCAUGUUGAUCUUGUGUUUUGGCGGCAAAAUGAGAGCAACUGUACAGACUGAGGUUAGAAGAUACACAAUGUUAGCGGUUAAAAUUUGGAAAGUAUGUCUCCUCUGCUCAUCAAGGAUGCAUUUGUUUGAUCAAAAAUACACUUAAAAUGCUAAAUAUUAUUAUAAUUUAAAAUGUAAUUUUUAUAUGUGAAUAUAUA